AUGAGCAGUUCCGAGUCAUCCUUUGCGCCCGACGAAAUUUCCGACUCCGAGUCCGCAUUUAGUGUCGAUGAAAAGCCGCAGCGGGCGCGUAGUCGGCGCUCUUCGUCGCGAAUUGAGACAGUGAAUGUCUCAUCCGACGAUGAGAAUAAAGAAGGCAUCUUCUCAGAUUCACAUCCGGAAUCCGACUUAGACCCAACCCCAGGCUUCGACGUCCGAGAUAACCAAUUCGAAACACUUCAUGAUCACAUUCAACGUGUGUCGCCGAAUAUCCUUGAGGCCUAUGCCUCGCUCGUGACGGAGGUCGAAAACGAUAUUACUUUCUCGACAGUCAGAGAAGAUGAGGAGAUUCACAACGUCCAUCAACAUGGAGCGGUGAUCUGGACUGCAACGGAGAAAGAGAUUCUAUACAAUGUGCUUGAUAGGAAAGGCAAAAAUGGCAUCAAAGAGAUUGCCGCUGCGAUUGGGACCAAGUCGGAACUCGAAGUCAUGGAUCAUCUCCGGCUUCUCCAUCGCGGUCUAGCAAGCCAGCAUCUUCUCGAGCGACACGUCAAAACCGUCAUCAUGGGUGACGUCCCUGCCGCCGCCGAGGUCAGCGAGCAGUGCUGCGCUGAGCUAGAGGAGUAUGCUCGUGGUCUCAGGGCAAAAGAGGACCUUGACUCCGUACGGGCUGCGCGGAUGCGAUACGACGAUAAUUGGACUGUCAAUACCGCUCAGGCCCAACAACUGCUAGCGGCUGAACAGGAUGUCCCGUUACGUGGCGAUAUACACCUUCCUGCCAACCUUCUCAAUCUCCCAACAUGGAUUAAACUCGAACAGCGAUUCUUUAUGAAUUUCGGCGGUUCGCAACAGGCAGAUAACUGGGUGAAUAUCGUCCAGGCGAAAAAUGAAUCGCCCUCAAUCAGCGGCGAUGCACUCAUGGACUUUUACGCCCUGACUGUCAGCCUCACACGUCGUUUGAUACAGUCAUCACAGUUCAUGGCCAUGAGUCGGAUACGCAGCCAGCGCCAGUACGGCCGUACACGAGCCAAUGCGGUUCGCAAGAAAGAUGUCAAGGCCGCCAUCAACAUUCUAAACAUGAAACACAAUCGAUCGAACUUUCUGCUCAAACUUGCCCGCCGGAACGAGCUAGUUAUUGAGGACAGACAACAAAAAAAGGGCUGGAAGGCCAAAACAUUCGACUACGAUCUGGCCGAGAUGAUUCUCAACGGAGAAAUAGAUUACUUCAAACGCGUCAAAGACGUAACCCUCGCCAAUGCAACGGACACCGACGUCGAAGUCGAAGAAGAAGUCGAAGAAGAAGACUACGACAAAGAAUAUUCCGACGAGGAAGACUCACACCACCCAUCAAGAAUGAGAUCCCGACAACCAACCGAACCCCCCUCCCCCAAUCCAUCAUCAUCCUCAGAUGACAACCCCUUCGACGCAGAAGAAGAGCACGCCGACACCCUCGACCGAGAACACAGUCGCACCGAAGAACUCAAACUCUGGCAUCUCCUCGAAAAACAAGCCCCACCUUACCUCGAAACCCCCAUUACAACAUACCAAGACGACAAAGAUGCCUCGCGCAGACCCGCCGCCGAACGCAAAGCCCCCCAAGACAUGGUCGAAUGGCGCGAUCGUGUCCUCUACCGUGGUGAAUGGGAGGAGUUCGGGUAUGAAGUAGGCGAUGUGGAGGAUGCGCUGGUUGAGAAUCGGCGGAAGAGGCGUCGUAUUGAUGAGCCGCUGUCUGCUUCGGUGGUUAAUAGUGAAGACGAUGAUAAUGAAGACGAGGAUAUGCCGCAGCUUGGUGCUGAGGAGCAUACGCGGGUUGAACCUCCUAAGUAUGGGUCUGCAGGGUGGGAUGCAUUUUUGCAUUCGUUUUUGACACCAGGUCAACCUCAAUCUACUAGGAGUAUUCCCAAUGAUGCUAGGAUCCGCCGGUGA